UGAAAACAGUUGCAGUGGAAAGCACUGUGGAACAGUGAAGUAUCACUCACACAAACAAUCAAAGGACAACCAAAUAACUCAAACAACCCUGGAGGAGCCAGAGGCAGAGACUGCACAGCACGAGCAUGAGGUCACAAUGAGCUGUGCUCAGGCUGUACUGGAGGAGAGCUCUGCUAAUGCCAGUGCAAAUGCUAACACCAGACUCAACAGCACCACCAGCGAUGAGUUGGAGUGCAAAAUCUGCUACCAGCGCUACAAUGCACACAACCGCAAACCCAAGAUUCUGGACUGUCUGCACCGUGUGUGCGCCAGAUGCCUCAAUAAGAUCCUGGACAUGGGGGAUGGCUGCAGCUGCAUCAGCUGUCCUUUCUGCCGUCAUGAGACACAGGUCAGCGAAUACGAAGUGGCCGGACUGCCCGAUGACUCAAACAUAAUGUCCCAUCUGGCGGUGCGGGACAAGUCCUGGAGCUCUGACCACAGUAAAGAGGUGGUGCUGACACCCAAAAGCCUGUCCUCCAAUGAAAGCCCCUCACAUGACUCCUCCAACUGCCUGGUCAUCACCAUCAUGGAGGUGCAACGGGACCAGCAGCGCUCACCCAGCCAAAAUGCCAGUUCUGAUUACUACGGUGACCACAGUUUGGACACUGUCUCCAUGGCAUCCAACAGCAUCGCGGUGGACCAAGACAUGCUGUCCAAGUUCUGUAAUCACGUGCCCCGGGUCUUAGUGUGGCUGUUGGGCUUUUUCUACUUUGGUUCACUGCCGCUGGGCAUCUACUUGCUUGUGAUCCAGAGAGUGACUCUGGGGAUUGUGUGUGUCAGCCUGGUGCCAUCCAGCCUCACAGUCUGUCUAGUCUAUGGCUUCUGCCAGUGUCUGUGCCAGGGCAUGUGCGAUUGCUCCAACAGAGGGUGACUGGUAUUAAAUAGGUCAGAGGGAAAAAAACUAGGCUAUUUCAUCUCACCACACUGAGAGGAGAUAAAAAAUAAGCUCUAUACAUCAGAAUAGUCCCUGAAUCUCAUUGCUGCAAUUAAAAUGAAAUUCGUACCAUCUGGCUUUGAAACGAUGUGCACAAGCAGCUUUGAUAAGAGGACGGUCAAGCACUAAACGGAAGGUCAGUCUAGAGGAAACACUAUUAACUUAACAUACCUUCAAGCACUGGCAUUCUGAAGUAAACAGUUGACCUUAAAAGAGCUUUCCAUGCAAAUCAGAUGAUGAUGCAUGAGUGGGAGUUUAUCAAAGUAGAGUGGAAGGACUUCAAGAUUUAUGUGUAUAGCCAUGCAGAGCAGAUGAGCCAUCAAGCUAAAAGUUUAAUAAGGAUAAUUCUUAUUGUUGUGAAAUAAACUGCCCUUAUUCUCUCUGCCAUAACUUUAAGGCUCCAUGAGAAAAGAGAACUGAUUGUUGAUUUUGUUGUGUUUAACAUGGCAAAGCACAAAAGACCCACACCUCAUUGAAGUGUCACAUUGGGACAAUGAAAGCUUGAAUGAAAGCUGACAUGACACAAAUGCUCCAGGAAUUAAAUAAUUGAGCACAUACAGUCCAUAUAUCACUGAAGUCUGAGAGCUGCACAAAGAAAGGGGAAAUAUGUGCUAUUGGGCAAAAUGUGUGCAAGAUGUUAUCUAAACUCAAUUAUAACCGGCCUGCAGCAAGGAGCAGCUGAAGAGGGUGGGGAGGUUCUGCAAGAUGAAGAUCUUACAGCCAUAACUAAGGUGAUGUUCUGGCUUUAAAGGGUUUAGUUCACCCCAAAAUGAAAAUUCUCUCAUCACUGACAAAUUAAGAUUUUCAGAAGAAUAUCUCUGCUCUGUAGGUCCAUACAAUGUAAGUGUAUAGUAAUCAGGCCUUUGAAGCACCAAAAAGAAGAUCAGCAUAAACAUAAUCCAUCAGACUCCAGUGGUAUAAUCAGUGUCUUCUGAAGCGAUCCAGUUGGUUUUAGGUGACAACAGACCAAAAUAUAACUCUACAAAUGUUUCCAUUAUCGUGGUUAGAGACUGCAAUGGCAAGAUGUACAGUAAAAAAGUUACUUUUGGUCUGUUCUCACCCAAAACCAACUGGAUCACUUCAGAAGACAAUGAUUAAACCACUGGAGACAUAUGGGUUACUUUUAAGUUGACUUUAUCUCCUUUUCGGAGCUUCAGAGGCCUGAUCACCAUUCACUUUCAUUGUAUGGACUUACAGAGCUGAAAUAUUAGUUAAAAAAAUCUUUGUUCGUGUUCUGCAGAAGUAAGAAAGACAAACACAUCUAGGAUGGCAUGAGGGUGAGUAAUUGAUUAGAAAAUUGUCAUUUUUGGGUGAACUAUCCCUUUAAUAAAAAUGUAAGCAUUUUGCAUUUUACUGUCCAUUUGGAUUUAAACCAUUUGCCAAGAGCCUUAACCUAAACCCUGACCUUUAUCUAAAAUCUAUUCCUUUAAAGGGUAACAUUGACUUUUACAACCACAGCAGCUCUGUAAUCCUUCACUCAAUCCCAGUGUUUCUUCUCGCUGCAGGUUCUUUACUGAACCUUUACCUUGGUUUCCAAUGAGAGUCAUUCAUCAUGCUAAACUUCAGCUACAGACAUACAUUUAGAAUUUUGCCAGACAGAUACAGCUUUUUAUUUAUUUCUAAAGCACAUUUAAAACAAAUGUUAACCAAAGUACUGUACAAUAAGUUCAAUCAAAAUAAAAACAUUAAGAUUAAUAGAACACAAAACAGUGCCUUGAAUUUGUAUUUAAUCAAACCUCAAAAACUGGAAAUACUGUACGUUUUCUGUCUAGCCAACAAAUGCUUAUGAAAUAUAAGAGGACACAUUAAUGCGAUAAAAAGACACUAAUGACAAUAGUAAAAUUUACAUGAACUAUGUUUGGUUUAACAACAGUUUUUAUUGAACUCAGUCGUAAGAAUGAAUUUCUAAACAGUCCACAUCAAAUCCACCUCUUAAUCACUGUAUCCCACACUCCCUAAAUAUAAUUUGACAAUGAGAAGAAUAUGCCUGACCAUGUAACUAAAACAGCUCUCAUCAUCCAAAAAUUCCAUUUAGAACUGUAUUUAUACACAAUCAUUUCAGGCAAAUAUGGGGCAUACAUUUUAAUAACCCAUGAAUAAUUUACACACAGUAUUCUCUCUUCCUGUGGGAACUUUCUCUUCCCUUGUUUCCACAGACUUGUUCCCUCUCACCAUUUUUCUUUCAACCACCUCCUCAUCUUCUUUUUAAUUCAACCAUCCAUCCAAUGUCUCCCGUUCAUCAUGAAUCCUUCCCUCUCCUAGCUUAAAUGUUUUUUAUAUUUUUGAAUCUGAUUGAAGAGAUGCAAUUUAGACUCUAAUCCUUCCACUCAGUGCACAUCCAUAAACAGCGCCAGGGGGCUCAGUCACACUUUUUUAGCACUGUCAAAUCUGAAAUCUUAACUAGUACCAAUACAGUGAGUGAGUGAGUGUGUGUGUGUGUGUGUGUGUGUGUGUGUGUGUGCGUGUGUGUGUGUGUGUGAGCGUGUAUUUAUCACUUUGUGGGGACCAAAUGUCCCCAUAAGGAUAGUAAAACCCGAAAUUUUUGACCUUGUGGGGACAUUUUGUUGGUCCCCAUGAGGAAAACAGCUUAUAAAUCAUACUAAAGUAUGUUUUUUGAAAAUGUAAAAAUGCAGAAAGUUUUCUGUGAGGGUUAGGUUUAGGGGUAGGGUUAGGUUUAGGGGAUAGAAUAUAAAGUUUGUACAGUAUAAAAACCAUUAUGUCUAUGGAAAGUCCCCAUAAA